AUGGAGCACCUGGGUCCCCACCAUCUCCAUCCGGGCCACGCGGAGCCCAUCAGCUUCGGCAUCGAUCAGAUACUCAACAGCCCGGACCAGAGCGGCUGCAUGGGGCCGGCUUCGCGCCUCCAGGACGGAGAAUACGGCCUCGGCUGUUUGGUCGGAGGCGCUUACACUUACGGUGGCGGGGGUUCAGCCGCUGGGGCGGGGGCCGGAGCUACAGGAGCUUAUGGCGCUGGUGGCCCGGGUGGUCCCGGCGGCCCGGCAGGCGGCGGCGGCGGUGCCUGCAGCAUGGGCCCACUGGCCGGCUCCUACAACGUGAACAUGGCCUUGGCGGGCGGCCCUGGUCCCGGCGGCGGUGGCGGCGGCGGUGGGGGCGCUGGUGGCGCGGGGGCGCUGAGUGCUGCAGGGGUGAUCAGGGUGCCCGCUCACAGGCCGCUGGCCGGAGCGGUGGCCCACCCCCAGCCCCUGGCCACUGGCUUGCCUACUGUGCCCUCCGUGCCUGCGGUGCCCGGUGUCAACAACCUCACGGGCCUCACCUUCCCCUGGAUGGAGAGUAACCGCAGAUACACAAAGGACAGGUUCACAGGUCACCCCUAUCAGAACCGGACGCCACCUAAGAAGAAGAAGCCGCGCACAUCCUUCACACGCCUGCAGAUCUGUGAGCUGGAAAAGCGCUUCCACCGCCAGAAGUACUUGGCUUCGGCGGAGCGCGCCGCUCUGGCCAAGGCGCUCAAAAUGACCGAUGCGCAGGUCAAAACCUGGUUCCAGAACCGGCGGACGAAAUGGAGGCGGCAGACAGCAGAGGAGCGUGAGGCUGAGAGGCAGCAGGCGAACCGCAUCCUCUUGCAGCUGCAGCAGGAGGCCUUCCAGAAGAGCCUGGCCCAGCCCCUGCCCGCAGAUCCACUGUGUGUGCACAACUCGUCGCUCUUUGCCCUGCAGAACCUGCAGCCAUGGUCUGACGACUCCACCAAAAUCACUAGCGUCACGUCGGUGGCUUCAGCCUGCGAGUGA